AUGAUGAUUUGGUGGAGAAUCUUCUACCACGAUGUAAAGCGGCAUUGCUUUUUACCAAUCGAACUGAAUGGUAUUGUUUUGCAGAUAGUUGGACUUCAGAAAUUAUUAUUCAGUGCGACAGAUUCUGCAGAUUUGGAAACGCUAAAGAAAGACUUCGUUAGCCCGAAAGCAACGAAGAUUGUUGUUGGUACGCUGAACACUGUCAAUCGUCACAUUGAACAACGAAUUCUUCUGGUACUUUUCGUUGAACAUUUUUUUUUGGAUCUUUUUGUUGAAAUCACGUAUAUUUAA